GACUGUCUGUCACUACCUCAGUGAGGAUCUACAAGCAGCAGAGCUGGGAACUAUGUCUCAUCUAUAUUGCUAUGGUCUAGAGAUAAAAGGAAAAGUUUCCUCCGUUUUCUCUCCUCUGCUCUUUAUCCUGUCUCUUGAUGGAGCAGUCACAGCGUAUGGUAUGAAGAUUGCUGCAUGUAACAGCCUACACUGAUCUACCUUGGAAUCGUGCAUCUAGUCAAGCUGCUGAGAAUCACACUAGAAUUGCAGAGUGACGGAAAAUGUACCGGGGACAGCAUGUUCGAAUUCUUUUUACUGUGAGUCUGGCCUUGCAGGUCAUUCAUUAUGGAAAAGGCCGUGAAAAAGAGGAGCAUAAAAGUGAUGGAGAAAAUGUGCAUGCAACAUCCCAAAAGCAACAGCCAAAAAAUCAAGGCACUACUCUAAAUAUGUUUAAUGACAUGAAUCGGAGUGAUGAGAGCAGCAAGCAACAGAGUUCGAGGACUUUUGUACCUUUUACUGGGCUUACAGAUAGUAAAAAACUGAACAGGCAUUGUUGUCAAAAUGGAGGAACCUGUAUCCUGGGCAGUUUCUGUGCAUGCCCAAAACACUUCACUGGCAGAUAUUGUGAGCAUGACGAGCAGAAUAGCAACUGUGGCAGUGUUGCCCAUGGAGUCUGGGUGCAAAAGGGUUGUCGAUUCUGUCGAUGUGGCUAUGGGGUUCUGCACUGCCUUUCGGAAAUAAUGCAAGACAACUGUGAUCUAAAAAUAGAAGAGGAGGAAUUUCUCAGGUUACGUUCUAGUGGCCCAAGAUUACAGCAAACAAAAAUGUGCUCUCUCAUUCUCCUACUCUGCUUCUUCACAUUGUUCUGCAGCAGGCUCCAUCAGCAGUUUUGAGACUGGCUAUAUGAAAGAAUUUAUUUAGGACUCAAAUCCCCUCACUUUGAAUCAAACAGAGUUUUUGCCCAUUAACAAAACCAUUUUUCUAACAGACUGAAUGAUAAGAGGUGAAAUGUACGUUACCUCAAAUUUUCCUCUUUAACCUAAAGAUAACCUCUACUUAGUUGUCUGCCUGAAAGGGACAUGCUAAGGAUUAAUUAGUUAAUGUUAGUAAAGAGCUUAGAUUAUGAAAAGCACUAGACUGUAUGAAUGCUAUGUAUUAAUUCUUAUUACUACUUCUAUCAGGGUCUGAUUUAAGCAGUUCUCUAGUUUUGAAGUAUUGGCUCUUCCAGUGGAAGAAACCCCUCAAUGUUCUAUGCCUUAAGCAUUG